UGCUCGCAGCUUGGGUGGAGGCAGCAUUAUGCCUGGGCUCAUGGUGCCUGCAGGAAGCGUGGGUCUGAUGGCGGACCCCACCCUCAACGCCUCCACUUGGCCCCGCCCCUCUGUGAACGCCUCAUCCCAGUAUCCAAUCGGAGCGUACGGCACUGCCGAGCUGAUCCUGGUUGUCAUGGCAACCGUCUCCCUGAGCGUUCUAACCGUUGUCGGCAACACGCUGGUCAUCCUGUCCAUCAAGGUGAACCGCCACCUGCAGACCGUCAACAACUACUUCCUGCUGAGCCUGGCGGCCGCCGACCUGUUCAUCGGCCUGCUGUCCAUGAACUUGUACACGAUGUACCGACUGCGGGGCCGCUGGCCGCUGGGGGCCGCGCUCUGCGACACCUGGCUCGUCCUGGACUACGGGGUGAGCAACGCGUCGGUGCUGAACCUGCUGCUGAUCAGUUUGGACCGCUACCUGUGCACAACAUGGCCGCUCAGCUACCCGGUGCAGCGGACGGGCCGCGUGGCGGGCCUGAUGAUCGGCGGCGCCUGGCUGCUGUCAUUCUUGCUUUGGGCGCCCGCCAUCUUGUGCUGGCAGAGCGUCGGCGGCCGGCGGGUCAUCCCGGACGGACACUGCUACAUCCACCUCCUGGCGAGCCCGGCCGUCACGCUGGGCACCACGCUGUCGUCCUUCUACCUGCCGGCGCUCGUCAUGAUCGGGUUGUACAGCCGGUUGUCGGCCGCCAGCCGCCGCAGGCUGACUUCUCUUCAGGCGGAGCAGGGGACGCCUAAGACGGGGGACCCGCCGGUGAAAGGCUUCACCUGGAAACGACGCAGCUGGAUGGCCAGCAACCUGGGUUCUGAUCUGUCUCUGAACCAGCGGGGAAGUCCGGCGAACAGCUGUAAACGCCUGCAGCCGCUCUCCCGAACCUCCUCAUGCGCAGCGGGAGACGAAGACGCCUUAUCGAUCACCGACCUCCACAGCUCGGCCUCCGCGGCGCUGACCUCCUGCCCCAGCUUCCGGUCCCAGGAGCGGAGGAGGCGCCGGGUGAUGGCGCGGGAGAGGAGGAUGACCAACACCAUCCUCGCCAUCUUGUUGGCCUUCAUCAUCACCUGGACACCCUACCACGUCAUGGCGGUCAUCGCCGCCUUUCGUCACAUCCGAAUCCCCGACGCUCUGUGGACUACGGGCUACUGGCUGUGCUACGUCAACAGCACCAUCAACCCCUGCUGCUACUCGCUGUGCAACGUCACGUUCCGGAAAACCUUCUGCUGCCUGCUGAGCUGCCGCACCCGGAAGCUGCGUUAACGCUGAAACAGGUGAAACAGGAAGCAGGU